CACAUUAGAUUAAACUACUUUCAAUGGUAACUUCAAAACUAAAAUUAUUUACUAAAGUCUAAAGUAUUGUCUGUCAUUUAAAUGAAAACCGUACAUGAUUACACUCGUCUUAUCAAAUACCAAUCCACACAUCGUUUCGCAAUUGUGCUAGCGUUGAAAAUUUAUUCUGUGUUAAUAUUUGGCUAAAAUAAAAGCAAAAUGUCACAAUCUCGCCUAAAAUCUUGUAUUCCUCUGCCAAUUGACCACAAGAUGCUGGUGUCUGUGAUAGAAAAAGCGAAGGAUUGGGCCCUGAUGCACGGAGUUGGGAUGCGAGAUAAAAAACAUUUCAACAAAGAUGUCAUUCAGAUUGCGCCAUUUGUUCUUCUGCCAUCACCAUUCCCUCGGACAGAGUUUAACAGAGCAGUUGAGCUACAGCCAAUAUUAAAUGAAUUAAUGCACAAGGUUGCACAUGAUGAUGAAUUUCUGGAAAAGACACUACAAAAUGCACUCCAGGUUGAUGAGUUCACAGCAAAUCUGUUUGAUAUAUGGGUUAAAGUAAGGGAAGAGGGCAUAACACAGCCAAUAUCACUAGGGAUGCUGCGAUCUGACAUCAUGUUGGAGUCGAGAUGUCCUCACACAGAGAACCAAUGCGCUAAACACACCCCAUAUUGCUCAUGGAAGCAAGUGGAGAUAAAUAGUAUAGCAUCUGGUUUUGGACAUCUUGGGCCAGUUUCUAAGGAUAUACAGAGUUAUAUCCUUCGUCAAUUGGGACAUGGUGAUCUUAUAAAAAAUAUGCCAGAGAAUCGAGCUCUGUCAGGUCUAUGCACUGGCAUCACGGAUGCCUACGACCUGUUCGGAGUACCAUCGGCUGUUGUUCUGUUUGUGGUUGAGGAGGUGUCCUACAACAUUUGCGAUCAAAGGUUCCACGAAUUUGAGAUAUCGGAGAAGAGACCCGACAUUAUGAUAUACAGGAAGACUCUGAACGAAAUAUACGAGGAGACGCGACUCAAUGAAAAGAAACAACUCAUAUUGGAGGAUCGUCCCGUGGCUGUGGUCUACUACCGCUCUGGUUACGAACCAGCUCAGUAUCCGACCACCAAGGAAUGGGACGCCAGGCUAAGAGUGGAAAAAUCAUCGGCGAUAAAAUGUCCGUCAAUACAUUAUCAGCUCGCUGGCACCAAGAAAGUCCAGCAGGCGUUGGCUGCUCCGGGGGUUUUGGAGAAAUUCAUGGGCGCCGGCGCCACUACAGGUCGCGUUAGGGAUAUAUUCGCUGGACUGUACUCAUUGGACUUCGACGAGAACGGCGAGAGGGCUGUGGAUAUGGCCCUAGCUGAUGCUGAGAGGUUUGUGUUAAAACCUCAGCGGGAGGGCGGUGGUAAUAAUGUCUACGGAGCUGAUAUAAGGGACGCCCUGCUGAGGAUGAGGCAUAGCAGGGAACGGGCCGCCUACAUACUCAUGGAGAGAAUACUGCCUCCGUUAGUGGCUGGGUACGUCGUUCGUCCAGGUGCAGCUGUUCCACCGCCCAUCACAGACCUGGUGUCAGAGCUCGGUAUCUUCGGUGUCAUUAUAGGUACGAAAGACAAAAUCUACUGCAACAAACAAGUCGGUCACAUGUUACGUACGAAACUAGCGGACGCCAACGAAGGAGGAGUCGCUGCCGGACUGGGGGCGCUCGACUCGCCGUACUUAUUAGACAUGUAGCACAGAUUAUACACACGAAAUGACUUAAAAUUUGCACAGACUGUAUAAAAACAAUACUAUGAAAUGACUGGUUAUAAAAAUAGAUAACAAAACAUUUAUAUAUGACACAGAUGAAAAAUAAUGCACACAUGUCACAAAUAUAAAAAAAAAAUGCAACAGAUAAAAUAUAUAUAGUUUGCAAAUAAUGCUGAAUGAUAAUCACAGGAGGUAGAAAGUUAACCUAAUUUUUAAUGAUAAAAAUCAAAAAUGUAUUUAAUAACACUUAAGUCGAAUUCAUUAAAAAAUUAGGUCUAAAAUGCUGCCACUGUUUUAUAAUUUAUGAAAAUGUUGUAAAUAUUAAAAUAAAACCUGUUUAUAUAUUUUUUUUAUAUAUUAUUACCAAUUAUACAUAUAUAAUAUAAGUUUUAUUUUAUAUCCACACUCUGCAUUUUUUUUCACAUUUAUUAAAGAUCUUGUUGUAUAAAAUGUAGAGUAAAUAAUGAUCACAUUCCAGAGCAAGGGACGAUGGAAGGAAGUACGACAAUUUGACAUAAUUAUAUAACACUUUUUAGAAUAUAAUUAAAUUAUGAUUAUUGUAUUUUAUGGAUUAAAAAAUUUACAAUAAGUUUAUAUUAUUUCAUUGUUACCGCAUGUGUGAUAAGACGGGGUGCUGUGUAAUUAUAAAAAAUUUCUAAUAAAAAAUUAUAUCAUUCACA